CCAUUACAUAAAGAGAUGGAAAUCUUUAAGUUCCAAUCUUAAUUGUUUAAAAUAUUUUUUCUUAAAAGCAAACAUGAAACCACGGUCACAGUCUCACCUUCAACCUUUGAGCCUCUUUAACGGCUUCAACAUUCGCUUCUUGUUGUUUUAUGUUUUUAUUCUAUUAGUUUCAUUGGAGGUCAUUAAAUCAGGGUUCGUGGUUAAGAAACUGCCAGGUUGGCUUGGUGAUCUUCCUUUCACACUCGAAACCGGUUAUGUUGGUGUAGGAGAAUCCAAUGACGUUCAAUUAUUUUACUACUUCAUUGAGUCUGAAGGAAACCCGGAAAAUGACCCUCUUAUACUUUGGCUUACCGGAGGGCCCGGUUGUUCUGCUCUUUCUUCCAUUCUUUAUGAAAUAGGACCCUUCACUUUCAACUAUGCAAAUUCCACUUUGAAGAAACCAGUGUUCGAGAUAAAACCUCAUAGUUGGACAAAGGUGGCCAACAUAAUAUUCCUCGAUCAACCUGCUGGGACCGGAUUCUCUUAUGCAAAAAGUCGUGAUGCUUACAUAACAAAUGAUACGUUAUCAUCAAUGCAUGGAUACGAUUUUUUGAGGAAGUGGCUUGUGGAUCAUCCUAAAUUUCUCAACAAUCCAUUUUAUCUUGGUGGUGAGUCCUACAUGGGCAUAGUGGGGCCAAUGAUUAUUCAGGAAAUAUACAAAGGUAAUGAAGUUGGAGAAGGGCCAAAGAUAAACAUCAAGGGGUACAUGCUUGGUAAUCCUCUAACAGACACAAAUAGCGACUAUAAUUCAAGAAUCCCAUUUGUUCAUCGUGUCGGACUCUUAUCAGAUGAAAUCUACAAAUCGACUAAAAAAAAUUGCCACGGAGAGUACUUUAAUAUUGUAGAUCUUGACAACAGUCGUUGCAUAAAUGAUCUUCAAGUCGUUGAUAAGUGUAUUGGAAGAAUUAACAAGCCCCAGAUUCUAGAACCUGCUUGUGACACUUCAAAUACCUUAAAAUAUGAUCUCUUCGGGAGGAAGUUAAGAUCUCUUGACAAGGCCUCUAUGGAUAUGUGGUCGUUAACUCAAGUUCAGAUACAAGGGUGUCGCGAUGACCAUUAUUUAUUCAGUUAUGUAUGGGCUAACCGUAGAGACGUGCGAGAGGCUCUUCAUAUUGACGAGGAAUUUGAUAAAAUCGAGUGGGUACGGUGCAAUGAAACCCUAUUUUUUUAUAUAGAUAAGGAACCCAUUUCUUACACACACAAUGUCCUAAAUACUGUUGCCUAUCAUAGAUACCUUGCUAAUAAAAAUUGUCGAGCUCUUGUAUACAGUGGAGAUCAUGAUAUGGUGCAUCCAUAUUUGGGAACAAUGAAAUGGAUUGAAUCUCUAAAUUUCUUAGUUGUAAAUGAUUGGAGACCUUGGUUUGUCGACAAACAAGUAGCGGGAUACACCAUGAAAUAUUCACACCAUGAAUACAACUUGACAUUUGCUACUUUGAAGGGAGGAGGUCACACAGCUCCAGAGUACAAACCUAAAGAAUGUUUCAACAUGGUGAAAAUGUGGCUUGCUAAUGAUGCUUUGUAAGCAACAAUAGUGGAGUUUGAUAUUUUGUCUUAUAACAAGGGAUUCAAGCUCACACGUUAUAGUGGAAGUUUAAAUAA